AUGCCUGCUCGUAUCAUGCCACAUGUGACGUCCCUCCAGACAUGCUUCUGCACUGCCUGGGCUUCCUCUCUCCCACUCUCUGCUGUUGAUGCUGUUUUGCACUCUCCUUAUCCUGCCCUCCUCACUCGCCCCUCCCUGCUCGCCGCCCAUCACCACCGUGUCAUCAUGCCAAUGAGCCCCCCCUACCCGCUGCACCGCCUGCAGGUGCGAGUGCUGCUGCUGCCGCACCUACCACUGUACGUGCGGCUGCUGCAGGCGCACAUGGGCGUGCCAGGGCUCUGCUCCGCGCCACCCACCCCCGCCAAGCAGCAAGACGCCUGGCGGGUCUGGGGCGCCGUGCAGCAAGCAGCAUCAGUGGCGGUGGCGCCUCACCUGCGCCUCUACCACCCGGCGCUGCUGCCCCGCCUGCUGGAGGGCGGGGAGGUGGAGGGGGCAGCACAGGGUGGAGAGGGCGGUGGUGAAGGCGGCACACAUGCAAGCGGAGCAGCAGGGGCAGGGGGCGCAGCUGGGAUGGGUGGAGGGGCAUGGGGGAGGAUGAAGCGUGUUGGAGGGGGGGUGAGAUUCGCUGCCAGCCCGCGAGUAACUGUACCCGCCGUGCGCACCGUGCCCCCACUGCCGCCGCCGCUGCCCUAUGCGGCGGCGGGCAGGGAGGCAUCGCUGCUGCUCUUCUUCCCGGCGCUGCAGCGGGGGCAGCAGCGGGGGGUCGGGCUGGCGGGGCUGGACGGCUUCCACAUGGGGCUGGGCCAGGGGGGUUAUGACGAUGACGACAGCAGCGAGUGGGAGGCGGGUGGGGCGGGGCGGCUGUGGGAGGUGUCGGAGCGCGUGGGGCAGGUGGUGGUGAGCAGUGGGAAUGGCGGCGGGCGCGACUACGAAGUGGACGACGCUCCCACCAAGGCCGCUCUCGCAGCCCUGGCUGGGGUGCGCGGGGGUGCUGACACGCAAGGGCAGGGCGAUGUGGGGAGAAGUGAAAGUGGGGAGAAUGUGGGUUUGCUGGUUGAGGGGUUGGUUUACUUGUUAGGGGAUGCAAUGAUCCCUCUUGUACCCACCGCACCCUUGUUCAUGCAUCUGUAA